ACACAUAUAUUUGGAAAAUUUCGGAAAUUUCUAAAGGAGUUUAAAUUUGGAACAGUAUUGAGGAAUUGGAUAAUUAAACACGGAAACUUUCAAAAUGUACGUUUGCACGAGUUGCGGGCAUCAAACGGACUCCGUAAGCACGGCCCACGAAUACGAGCAUCGACGAUUGACCCACAACCAUUGCGAGCGAUGUAUUGAUGGAGUAUCCGGGCAUUGCACUGCAUGCAACGGUGAUUCAUUUUUCUUUAAGAUCAACUCGCCGGACCCUACCGCUAGGCCAGAGGAGCGACCAGCGGUGCCGGAACAGAAAUCCAAUGAACUGGACGAUGGGAAGAAGACUAAUGGGGCUGAUGACGAUAACAUUUCCUCGACUGGUUCAGAGCUUGAAACGGUGCGUCACAAAUGCGCAUUCCUACAGCGUCUGCGCUCAUUGAACGCACAGAACUGGGCCACAGAGGCAGUAGAUCCGCCUGCAGGACUACCCCCAGUCAUACCACCACCGCCUCGACGCCCACUACAUCACGAUCUUCGCAAAAAUCCACCGGCAAUGGAUGCGUAUGGUGAGGAGCAGCUGCUGACCUAUUCGGCCUAUCGGGCGCCAUCGCCCGUGCGCAUGCCUCGCAGUAUUUAUAGCGAACGACCACGUGCUAUUAGCGAGCAACGCAAGAAGCGAGCGAGCGUUUUGUUUCAUCACCGACGAGCCGCCUCUUUGGCCAAAGAGCCAAUGGCACACAGCAGUGCUGUUUUCGAUAAGGAGAAGGGACUGCAUGACCGCAUGGCGCGCCUGAAACACUGGCGGGGUCUGGAGAAUUUAGCGGCAUCCAUGGCUACACGCCGCUUUGCCGACUUUGAACCCGUGCCUCAGCAGCCGCGACAGCCCUUGGUGCGAUCCUGUAUUGAGAAGGGUGUCGCACACUUGGGUGGUCCGUCCUUUGUCCAUCGAAAUAGUUCCGAGAUGAAGCGGGGCCACGAUUCCUGGGAACGUAAUAGGCUGAAUGAUGAUGAUGACAAUGACGACGAUGUGCGGUAUCAGGAGUCUGGGCGCUACAAAGUCGACGAUAUACCCCCCACCGGGCGACACAAGCGAUCUCCCACACCUCCCCCCAAGUGUGGAAAGCAAGCAAAGCGUAAGGAAUCAUACCAGUAUGCCCAACCACGCCUAACAGCCAAGGAACUCAAGCGAUUGCAACAAUGCUAUGGCACGGACGAUCAGUCGGGACCUGGGACAUCGAACCAGCCUAGGGGCCGAGCCAAUAAGGAGCUCCAACCUCCUCACUCACGCAAAGCUGGAGGUGCUGUUGUGAUUUCCGAUCAAGACGAUGAAUUGAACAGUAGCAACAGCCUAGAAAUAUUGUCCACUCAGCCCAGUUCUAUGGAUGAGUUGGGUUACGCAGUGCCAAGUAGGUUGCAAGCCCAACUGACGCAGAAACAGCAACGAAUCAUGGAUUUGGAUGACAUGCGUCACAGAAUCGAGGAGGAGGCUCAACGCACGAAGAUGGAACUCUAUGAGCUUCAAUGCCAGAAACAGUUCGAAGCUGAGCGUUACCGAGGGUGGCAUCGUAAUGAAAAGGUGACCCGCAUGCCGAGAAUAAAAGCUCUAGGGAAAUUCGCGAUUCGAGAGCAAGAAGUAAAGUUGCGCAAACACAAAGAAAAGGCGCUUGAGCGAACAGCGAGAUCGCGAGAACGUGCCGAAAAGUCGCGUGAGCGAGCGGGGAGGUCACGAGAGCAGGAGCAGAACUCGCGCGAUCGGGAGCGUGGUGGACGCAGUUACAAGAUAAACAAAUUGGUCUUGCCAUCGAAUCAAGUCAAGCCCGAGGAUGUGGAAGAAGAUGCUGAGGGUAGGAAAGAAAAACUUGAUGAUAGCUUGGAUCAAAAAUUAGAUUGCCUAAUGAACACAGUGAAGGAGACUAGCCGGCCGGGAAAACAGGACAACGGCUACAAUGAGGACAACAGGAAAAAAGGCACCGCUGGGAAAUGGAUACAGCCCGAAAGAUCUGAAUGCUUUGAGCCUACAGCACCCCCUCUGCGUGAAGUUUGGAUUUCAUGGGGUGGCGAAGAGAAUGAAAAAAAACGCCUAGAUACCGACAGUAGCUCCGACGCGAUGGCUCUGACAAUAUCUGAAUCCAUAUCAGAAACAUCCGAAUCAACGACGAUCAUUUAUCCGUCAAAGUCCACCACCGUAAAGGUAGGAAAGCUGAAAGUACCUGUAGGGCGACGUCGAAGGAACUCAAGGGUCUGUAUGUCGGGCGCUUUCCCGUCCUACGAGACUUUCAUGAAGUCCGCCACGUUGCCAAAGCGCGUGGGAAGAUUGCGUUCCCUUGUCUCCAAUGUACAGCGUGCCGUCUACAGAGGAUUUGCAUGUGAUCCCAAGCCCUAUGUGCAGCAUUUCAAGAAGAAUGCAGUUGUCUGUUUUGGUCGCAAUGUGCCGCCCGAGCCACAGUUCGAAACAAUUCAAUGCAGCGCUUCCGAAUUGGAGACAAUGUUGCAAUUAAAGCCCCAUAUACUGCAGUACGAUGUGCCCAAGCCGUUGGUCAUCGGUCGCUCCCCCAUCAACUGUCCCGAUGGGGACUGUGCGCGCUUAGCCUUCAUCUCCGACUUCAAUAAGCAUUUGCUGCACGAUCAUCGUGCCCUUACCAUGGAGCGCAUUGGCUUGCGUCAAACCAAGACCUUCUUCCUCGAUACACGCGUCACGCUACUGAACAAGGCCAAGUGCCAUAUGUUGUAUUUGGUGCGGGACAAGAUCUACGAUCAGCAGAGCGACGAGAUGCGCGAUCUGCUCCCCGUUCUAGUGAUGACAGCGCGUGUCAAUCUUGUCGAGGCCUUUGGUUAUGGGGACAGUUUGCAGCGCCAACGAAAAAAUAUUGCUUGCGAAACCGAACUCUUUCUCAUCUGGAUGACCAGUCUGGUGCCCAGCAAUAUGCGUAUCACUGGCACACUCUCCGUUUGGCCCACUACACGCCCCGAAAUGGUUGAGUCCCUCUACGUUCAUACCAGCGAGGUGUACGACAUACGAGGCCCCCCAGAAUUGCCUGCAAUUUGCCGCAGCAAUAGCACCUUGAUUUUGCCCGGCGAGAUUGUGAAGCGAAUGACGAAUAAUGGCAAGGAUUUCAUCGGAGUACAGGUGCAAAUUUACUAGACUUGCGGCGAUUAGUUGUCCAAUAUUCAUUCUGCAAAUUAACUGUUGAACUGUUUUUUGAACCAAAUUGUAAGGCUGCCAGGCUUUCAUAUAUCUUGUUUAUAUAAAUAUACAUACUCGUACUGUAGUAUCGCAAAGUAAA